GUAAUAAAGAACAGAACACUCCAGUCUCAUCUCUUCUGUCCCUCUAUCUCUGUCUCCCUCUCCAAGAACUCUCACGAAUCCCAAAAUUUCUCACCGGUUCCGUUUAAUUAGACUCCUGCAAUGCCUGAUGCUGAGAUGUAGCUUGAAAUUGUCUAAUUUGAUCAAUUUUCGCCGAUUUCUCCCCUUUUGUGGGUUGCAUGUGUUCCAGAUUGGGAAGGGUGAGGCAGUGAAGGAAUGCUGGCAGCCGUGGAUCGCCGGAUGAGCGGUGGAUGCCAGCAGAGUUGCGGGGAGAGCAGCGAGGAGGAGCUCUCGGUGCUGCCGAGGCACACCAAGGUGGUUGUCACGGGCAAUAACCGGACAAAAUCGGUUCUAGUCGGGCUCCACGGUGUCGUCAAGAAAGCCGUCGGCCUCGGCGGCUGGCAUUGGCUGGUUUUAACUAAUGGAAUAGAGGUGAAGCUACAAAGAAACGCUCUUAGCGUUAUUGAAGCGCCAACUGGCCAAGAAGAUGAUGAUGACGAAUUUAACAACAUGAAGUGGAAUGACUCAGAUAUUACAAGUGAUUCUAUACAGCUGCAAACACCGCAGAAAUUGAGGAAUAAGAACCAUAAAGGAUUUUCCAACAAAUUGUUAAGCCAGUCUCAUUUUUCUGAUUCACAUUCUAAGGGAUCUGUGUUGUCCACAAGCUGCACCACAAAAGUCGAUCUGAGCAAACUAGAAACAACAGCACUAUGGCGAUACUCAAAACAUUUUAAUCUUGUGGGUGGGAUUCCAAACCCCUCCAAAGAGCAGCUAAUUGAAAUAGUUCAAAGGCAUUUCAUGUCACAGCAAUUGGAUGAGUUGCAGGUAAUUGUAGGCUUUGUGCAGGCUGCAAAGAGGCUGAAGUCUGUGAGUGACUGAUCCCGACUCCGGGAGUUAUUCAAGCUAACAGAGUUUUCAAAGUUUGUGUCAUUACAUUUUAUUGCCUUUGAACCCCAAAGCUGGAUUGUAAGAUUUCGGAACAAAUUGGGUUAUUAGGUGCUAGAGCUAGUAGUCUAUUGUUGAUAUUACUGUUAAAAGACAGAUGUUUGUGGUCAGACAAUGGGCACCACUUUAACAUAUUUUAAAGUACAGUUAGCAAAA